AUGAUUCAACGGGCAAGACAUUCGCCACUCCACAUCCAUGACCUCAGCGAUUCGUACUCCACCGCUACACAAGGUCCAGACGCUUUUCACGAUAUCAUCACAAAUACUGUCCGCCAGCAGAUCUCGCGCAUACAGGAACUCGGUUUGGUAACAUAUAUACCUCCACCCGAAUCGGACCAGACUCCUUUCUUACUCUCGCUUACUACUGCGGCACCGAUGCUCAAGUCGCUCAAGAUACAAACACAGUAUCAGCUCGGUAGGGACACCAUCGAUCUUCCUUCCGACUUCCUUGGUGGCCAUUUCCCCCUCCUUCAAAGGAUCGACCUCACUCUACUAGCAACCAACUCGUGGACCAUGUUAUCAUCGGGAAGCCUGGUCUACAUGCAUAUCAACCUCUGUAUCCCCCAUUCAUCUUAUGAUCCACUUCUGGACAUGCUUGCGGCCAAUCCUGGACUACAAGACGUCAGUCUCUGCAAUUGUCUACCGGCUCAUUCCGUACCAUACCGUGGUCGAAAAGCCGUCGAACUCCCCAGCCUUAAGGUCCUCUGCUUAAAAGGCUGGGACUCCACCUGCGCGAAUAUUCUACAGGCUCUCCGAAUGCCUGCCAAGGCUGACUUGAUUCUAAACGAAAUUGAAUCCUCACGGGACCAUUUCAGAUCUCUUUUCGCAGAGUUCGAAGCUCACUUCGCUCGAGGGUCUACUGAAGAUUUUCGUCACCUUCACACCACAUGUUCCAGCUCGAGGUUCGAGGUUCACUUGACGACACAUCUCAACACGAAAGGGGUGUCUAGCUUUGAUCCAUCGCGAUAUUCUUUUACCUUCUCUACGGCAUUCAUCCCGGACGUCACGGGCACUGCAGUCAUCUGCCGUGCUUUCGACAAGCUCCCCGUUGCCAACAUCGAGACGCUCUCCCUGCGAAAUGCCGCGAUCCGCCCGCUGUGGGUUGACGGUCUCGCUCGCCUGCAGCGCAUCAAGUCCAUCACUAUUGAGGACGAGCUGCGUAAUAGUCAGCCUUCUGAAUCUAUACUGUUCGAGAGCGGACAGCACGGGCUCGUUCACUACUUUCCCGAGUUGAAGGAACUUAAGAUUGUGAAGACCAACCUUUGCGAUCGGUACCCUUACCCGGAUGGGAAAUGUAGCCAGGCCGCACUGCUAUCGCUUCUGAUUCGCCGUUCCGAGCUCCAGCCUGCCGCCAGUCAACUCGAGCGCCUUCAUAUUCUUGACUGCACAGUCUCGUUCGAUAAUAUUUGGAGACUUGAGGCUGUCGUACCGAUUGUUGAAGCGAAUGGCGGACGCAAAGGGGAGUAUUCCGACGGGAAGGCGAACAAGAAGGGCAAACGGACCUGA